UCCCACUUUAUGAGCAAAAGGUGGUGUACGUUUUAGAAGAUGCCGUGUUGGAAUGCUACAAUUUUGUCGUGUUGUUCCUCAUGCAACAAAAUGCCAGCAGAAAAGAGGGUCUUCUGUAGAAAAUACUAGAGAGGAAGAAAAAGAGAGAGAGAGAGAUCAUGGGGACCGCUGCAAAUCUAGACGCAAUUCUUGGGGAGUCUCUCACGAUCGAGGACUACUACGUCACUGAUCCAGGCGAUCGUCCCACCGUUCCGCACAACGCAUACGAUGACGCCUCCGACACAAUCCCUUGCCUCCACCUCGCGAGAAUUCGUGCCUCAUCGGGCGAAGAUCGCAAGCGGAUGCUCGAGGAGGUGAGAGAUGCCGUUUGCGAGUGGGGUUUUUUUCGAGUGGUGGCUCACGGCGUGGAUGAGAAGCUCGUCGAUGAUACGGUUGCAUGGGCUCGCGGUAUCUUCGACAUGGAUCUCGAGACCAAGCUUAAAUCCCUGGUGGAUGACUCGUCCGGAAGUCUUGCCGGAUACCAUUGCGGCGUCGUCAAACAGAACAAAUCCUGGCAGGAAUCGUUCCACUCCUGGGCCGACCCCAGCGAUUUCAAGAUCGCUGCCGAGAAGUUGUGGCCUUCCAGCGAGGAAAUCAAGGAGAUGCAUUACAAGUUCUCGAUGGCUAUGGAGGAGCUCGCUCUGGAGAUCCUCCAGCUGCUGGAGGAGACUCUGGGAGUCACUAGCGGGGAUUUCACACGCCACUGGGAGCGACUGAAGAGAACUCUCGUUCGCUUCAAUUGGUAUCCUCCUUGCGAAGAGCCUGGCCUUGUUCUUGGCGCUGGCUCCCACACAGACCCCGAUAUCAUCACCAUCCUCCUUCAGGACGAAGUUGGAGGGCUCCAGCUCCUCAAAGACUCCAAAUGGAUCGCUUGUAAGCCACUGCAUGGGUCUUUUGUCGUCAACGUUGGGGAUUGCUUGCAGGUAUUAAGCAACGAUUUUCUUCCUAGCCUCCAGCAUCGAGCCGUGCUAAACAAGGAGAAAGCUCGAUUGUCCGUUGUUACUUUUGUGCUUCCAAAGGUCAAUGCAACAAUUGAGCCAUCGUCGCAUCUGGUCGAUGAAGAUCACCCUGCAGCAUUCAGACGUUUAAUGUUUGAAGAAAUUAUCAAUGCUGCGAAAGAAAUGAAGUUCAAAGGAAAAGAGGUUCUAUCUCUUUUUCGUGUUUGAGGUGCGAAAGAAAUUAAGUUCAAUAAAAGAGGUUCUAUCUCU